AUGUCUGGUCCAAGCCAACACGGUGCUAUUAUUAUUAACCCUCCUCCACCAGAGUAUAUAAAUAACAAAAAUAGUGGUUGUCAAACAAAUCAACUUCAGUACUUGCAGAAGGUGGUCUUGAAAGCUUUGUGGAGGCACAACUUUUCCUGGCCUUUUCACCAGCCUGUAGAUGCAGCAGCACUGAAUCUUCCUGAUUAUUACAGUAUUAUAAAGAAACCGAUGGACUUGAGCACCAUUAAAAAGCGCCUGGAACACAAUUACUACACAAAAGCUGCAGAAUGCAUUGAAGACUUUAAAACUUUGUUCUUGAACUGCUACAUGUAUAACAAGCCAGGUGAUGACAUCGUGUUUAUGGCCCAAGAGCUAGAAAAAGUAUUUAUGCAGAAAAUAGCCCAAAUGCCACCAGAAGAAAGACUAGUGAAUCUCAACAAAGGAAAGAGAAAAGGAAGGAAGCCAGAAGAAACAGAGCAGCCCAGCCCUGGGACUUCAAAUGAACCAAGCAAAAAGCAGAAAAAAGCUGAAACCAGUGAGCAGCCUCCAGCGAUGACUCAAGAGUUACAGCAGGUUAACCUAGCUCCUUUAUCUGCAGCUCAACUGACUGCUUUAAUGCCAGCUGCAGUUUCCAUUAAAAAAGCAAAAAGAGGUGUAAAAAGGAUGGCUGACACUACAACUCCUACUACUUCAAUAUUCACAGCAAGCAGCAAAUCUUCUGUGACACUGAAUGAAAGAAAAGCUGUUAAAGCAUGCAGAGGUGAAAUUGAAUGUAUGAAACCAAAUAAGCUUCUGAAGAGAUAUUUGCUAGAUUCUCAACAGUCACCUAAAAUUCUUAAAAAGAUUCAGUUGUCAGAGCAACUAAAACAUUGUAAAGAAAUACUUAAAGAAAUGUUUUCCAAGAAACACGCAGCAUAUGCAUGGCCUUUCUUAAAACCUGCAGAUGUUGCAUCUUCUUCACAUGAUGAGAACCAAAGAAUCACUAAAUGUCCUACAGAUUUGGGAACCAUUAAAAGGAAGAUGGAUAACUUUGAAUAUAGUGAUAUACAAGAAUUUGCUACGGAUGUUAGAUUAAUGUUCAUGAGCUGCUACAAACAUAAUUCUCCAGACCAUGAAAUAGUUGCUAUGGCAAGAAAACUUCAGGAUGUUUUUGAGAUGCACUUUGCAAAAAUUCCUGAUGAAGCUGUUGCAAGUGUUCCUCUGCUGCAGCCUACAAGAGAGAUGACAGAAGCUUAUUCCAGUGACAGCAGUAAUGAUGACCCUUCAGAAGAAAAAUCAUCUAAAGACUUUGAACAGGAGAGAACAGUGGACCUUGCAAAGCUCCAGGAGCAACUUCAAGCUGUUCAGCAGCAGUUGCAGGCCUUGACCAGAGCAUACUUAUCUAGACUGAAAAAGAAAAAAAGGAAGGCCAAAAGGGAGAAAAGUAAGAACGAGGAAAAAGCUAAAGUAAAAAGCCUCAUGGAAAAGAAGAAAAAUCUGAAACACAAGAAAAAAUCCAAGAAGAAGUUAUCUUUAAACAUUCAAUCAAAGAAAACCCUGCAGCAGGUCUUGUUGGCACAUAAGUCAGAAGAUGAACAUGGUGCCAAGCCUAUGAAUUAUGAUGAAAAACGACAGUUGAGUUUGGACAUAAAUAAACUUCCUGGAGAUAAGCUUGGGAAAGUAGUCCAUAUAAUACAGUCAAGAGAACCUUCACUGAGGAACUCUAACCCUGAUGAGAUAGAAAUAGACUUUGAAACUUUAAAGGCUUCAACACUCAGAGAACUAGAGAAAUAUGUGGCAACAUGUUUGAGGAAGAGACCAAGAAAACAGAGAGCUCAAAAAAUGAAGUCAGAAAAACAACUAAAUUGUGAGUGCAAACAAAAGCUAGAGAAGAGACUACUGAAUGGGUUUAGCUGUCCAUUGACAAAGAAAGAGCAUUUCAAGUUUGAAAACAACGCUGAGUCCAGUGUUGGGCCGAGCAGACUGAGCGACAGCAGUAACAGCAGCAGCAACUCGGACUCUGGCAGCAGUACUAGCAGUGGUUCUAGCUCCUCGGAUAGCAGCGACUCUGAUUUUGAAACCUGCUCAAAACAGACUGGAGCCAGGCAGCACUGUCCAACUUCUAUGGAAAAGUCUAAGCGACUACCACUGUGUUUACAGAGGCAAUCCUGCAAUGCUGUUCUGCCAGGACAGCCUUCGUCUCUUACUAGUAACUUGCAAAAUCAUGGAACAUCUGUACUGCAGCAGCCACUUCCCAAUGUGCUGCAGAGGCUUCAGCCUUUACAGAACAGAUCACUUAAACCAUCAGAACAAAAAGCACAGUGUCUCUCAGGUAUAAUCUCAGCUGUAUCUGCUCUGCAUGAUGCUCCAGACCAGCAAACUCCUCAGAGUCCUCCAAUGACAAAUCAGUCUUCUGUCACCCAGUGCACACAUGCUCUUCCAGAGGUAUCCAACACGACUUCCCAGUUUGACAGUGCUGACUGGAGCAAACAAGCUGAGAAAACAAUACAUCUAGACAAAUCAAAUAAACUUCAAAACAAGGCCGGUGAGAGAACUUCUGAUUCAAUACCCGCGUGUCAAGAACAAAGUCAUUGUAUACCUGGUGAUAAAACUAAUGAUAAAAAUACGCUAAAGCCAAAAUCCCAAAGUCUUCCAGAAAUGGAUACAGAAUUUAAGAAUAUAGGUUCCUGGGUAAGCUUAUGUAAAACAAUGAUGCUUCCAGCACCAAUAAAGACAUCUGCAGAAAGCUUCAAAGAGUUCAGGAAAGCAGCAUUAAAGAAGAAGUGUGAGCAAACACAAGAGCUAAAGAGACCUCUGGUGCCAGCCAAGCAGGAACUGAAAAAUCUUCCUCAAGAAACAGAGAGGAGCCAUGAAGGAGCACAAUUAAAUGCCAUGGCAGUGACAGUCUGUGAGCCCCAGAAAGAAGAGCGUGAGAGUGAACAACUGCCUGAAGUUCAACACCACCCUCUUGCUCAAGACCGUAACUUGGCUAGAAAAAUGGAACAAGAACGCAGGAGGAGAGAAGUAAUGGCUUGUAUAAUUGAUAUGAAUCUGCAGAGUGAUAUUAUGGCAUCUUUUGAAGAAUACCUUGAGUGA